AUGAACGUUUUGGGGUUAUGUGUGACUGCUAUCGUUUUGGGGUUUUCAGUCGAAGCCCACUUGAACUCCAUCUGCAAUUCCAAUGAUUCAAUGGCAUUGAAGGGUUUCAUGAAUGGAAUGGAAGUAGCCAUUGAUGGCUGGACCUCAGCUUCUUCCGAUUGCUGUAAUUGGAAUGGCGUUACUUGCGAUUUCCAUGGUAGGGUUGUUGGAUUGGAACUCUCCAGGAAAAGACUAGUGGGUAACUUGGCUGAUUCAUUGACCACUUUAGAUCAGCUUAGAACCCUAAAUCUCUCUCGCAAUUUACUCAAAGGCACACUUCCCAUUUCCAUAUUUCACUUGCCAAAUUUGCAAAUUCUUGAUUUGAGUAGCAAUGAGUAUUCUGGGUCUUUCCCUUUAAGUGUAAACCUACCUUCGAUCCAAUUGUUAGACAUUUCUGACAAUAACUUUGAAGGUCCAAUUGCACCAGGAUUGUGUAUCAACUCCACUGGAAUUAGGGUUCUUAAAUUAGGGGUAAAUUACUUUGAUGGAGAGAUUCCACCGGAAUUUGAGAAUUGUAGUUCCUUAGAACAGCUUUCUCUAGAUGCAAAUCUUGUUUCUGGGAUCAUACCAGAAUAUCUAUUCAGAUUACCAAGAUUAUCUCAAUUAUCUCUUCAGGAUAACCUUCUAAUCGGUCAGCUACGCAAUAGUAAUCCAUCCAAUCUUGUUUCUUUAGAUGUUUCCCUAAAUGGGCUUUCAGGAAAUCUACCAGAUUUCUUUCAUAGAUUCCCCAAUUUACGUAAUUUCUCUGCUCAUUCAAACAAUCUUUCUGGUAAGAUACCCUCUUCAUUGUUGAAUUCCGGCACCAUUUCUUCGAUUAUCUUAAGAAACAAUUCCCUUUCUGGUUCGUUCGAUCUAAAUUGCUCAGCAAUGAUAAGCCUUUCGACGCUUGAUUUGGCUGAUAACAGGUUUCUGGGAUCCAUUCCUGAUAAUCUUCCCUCCUGCCCAAUGCUAAAAAACAUAGAUCUUGGUGGAAACAAUCUCACCGGACCGAUCCCAGAAAGCUUCAAAAGAUUCGAUUCUUUAUCGUAUCUUUGUCUCUCUAUGUGCAACUUGAAGAACCUUUCUGAAUCACUCAGAAUCCUCCAACAUUGCCCAAACCUUGCCACUUUGGUCCUUAGCCAUAGCUUUCACGAUGAAGAAAUGCCCGCUGAUGCUAGUCUACGAUUCAACAUGCUCAAGACUCUUGUAAUUCMCAAUUGCAAACUUACUGGAACUGUUCCUGUAUGGUUAAACGGUUUAACGAAACUCAGGAUCUUGGAUUUGUCAUGGAACCAGCUGGGAGGACGAAUGCCGCCCUUUUUAGGAGAUUUGACGUCGCUUGUUUACAUGGAUUUAUCUAACAACUUUUUAAGCGGAGAGAUUCCGAAGAGCCUCACCCAAUUACCCGCUCUCCAAUUUCAUAAUAACUCGUUGGAUGUUUCCCUAGACCUCCCUAUCUUCAUGAGGAGAGGCAUAUUCGGAAAAGUGUUGCGAUACGGUUAUGGUGCUCGAUUCCCACCAACAUUAGACCUGAGUAACAACUUUUUCACCGGAUCAAUCUGGCCAGAGUUUGGAAACCUGAGAAACCUGCAUGUUUUGAACCUAAGAUACAACGAGUUAUCGGGUAAUAUUCCGAGCAAUUUGGUGAAUUUAAGCUGCAUAGAGACUAUGGAUAUGUCUCAUAAUGAGUUAUCUGGGCAGAUACCUCUAUCUUUGGUGAGGCUUGGCAUGUUAUCUAAGUUCAGCGUCGCAUACAAUAAUCUAACGGGGUUUAUUCCUUCCGGUGGCCAAUUUUCGACCUUUUCAGCCUCUAGUUUUGAAGGAAACCCAGGUUUAUGCGGUGAAUUUGUUUUAAAUUGUCGGCAAGUUGAAGAGUUGUUGCAAACUUCAGAACCUGAGGAGGAAGAGUGGACGAUUAGUUUGCCGGUAUGGAGUGGAUUUGGAACUGGUUUCCUUCUUACCGUCGUGUUAUUGCUCGUUGUUCCAACGAUUAGAGAUGAACACAGAACGGAUAAAUUCGAGUAA